ACUGAACGACAGAGAAAAUAGUCUACAUAGGUCUACACAGAGACAGAAAUGAGCAGACUAUUAAUUUAGCCUAUACAUUUAGGCUACGAUUAGGUUUAGGCCUAUAUAAGCAACAUUUUUUAAACUAUUUAAGUGGGAGCCACAGGUGGUCGGUUCAUUUACUAAAUUCCAUCCACAGGUAUUUUCCUGUGCAUCAUAUUGUCCAGCUUGUUCCCGUCCUUGUCCCCUACAAUGAUUUCCCCAUCGACGCCCACCCAUUGAAACAAUGAGUCGCGUUUUACAUUGAUAUUCCCAAAUGUAUCUCAUUGGAUGUCGUUGGAGUAAUCUAGGUAGCACCGCCUUCCAGCGGCGCUCCGGUGUGGUUAGUCGCACUUGAAGGGGUCCAAGUGACCGUCAUGUGAGCUGUCAGGAGCGGCCAACACCGGGAUAUCCACCGGCUUUUAUCACAAACCGACUCAAUAUGUUCCUAAAGACAACAACGCUGUCUUCAACCCGAGAGCUAUCAUUUUUUUGAGGAUUACAAAAUUGACACUUAUGUAAUCAAAAGGCCAUGAAAUCCAGAAGCAGGUUAAGCCACACUCUCGGUUGAUACUCCGAACUAGGAGUGAGGUGAAGGAGACAGUCGGUAAGACUCACGAAAAAGAGGCAACCAAAGUGAGGACUGAGGAGAGGCACCUCUCCUCCCUGGGAGGAUGGGCGAGACGGAGGACGAACGUACGGCGCAGGCCGGCCAGCUGUUUGAGACAUUUGUCCAAGCGACCACCUGCAAGGGGACACUGCAGGCAUUUAGCAUCCUCUGCAGGCAGAUGGAUCUGGACCCGCUGGACUACACACAUUUCUACAGCCGCUUGAAGGCAGCCAUCAGCUCCUGGAAGGUCAAAAGCCUGUGGACCAAACUUGACAAGAGGGCCGGACAGAAGGUUUAUAACCACGGUGAAGCCUGCCAAGGCACCAAGUGUCUGAUCGUGGGCGGUGGGCCGUGCGGUCUGCGGACCGCCAUCGAGCUGGCACUGCUGGGCUGCAAGGUGGUGGUGAUCGAGAAGAGGGACACCUUCUCCAGGAACAACGUGCUCCACCUCUGGCCCUACACCAUCCACGACCUCCGGGCCCUGGGAGCCAAGAACUUCUAUGGCAAAUUCUGCGCCGGGUCCCUCGACCACAUCAGUAUCCGCCAGCUCCAGCUGAUGCUGAUCAAGGUGUGUCUGAUCCUGGGGGUGGAGAUUCACGUCAACGUAGAGUUUGUUGAACUCCUGGAGCCACGUGAGGACCAGAGCGACAGCGACAGUCCUGGGUGGCGAGUUGCGAUCCGGCCAUCGGACCAUCCUGUCACAGAAAUAGACUUUGACGUUGUGAUCGGAGCUGAUGGACGCAAAAAUACUUUAGAUGGUUUCAGUCGGAAGGAGUUUCGCGGGAAGCUGGCCAUCGCCAUCACGGCCAACUUUGUGAACAGGAACACCACGGCAGAAGCUAGCGUGGAGGAGAUCAGUGGGGUGGCCUUCAUAUUCAACCAGAAGUUCUUCCUUGACCUCAAGGAGGAAACGGGGAUUGACUUGGAGAAUAUAGUUUACUACAAAGACAACACCCACUACUUUGUCAUGACUGCUAAGAAGCAGAGCCUGCUGGACAAAGGUGUCAUCCUAAACGACCACAUGGAGACGGAGCGCCUGCUGCACCGGGACAACAUCGACAACGAGGCGCUGCGCUCCUACGCGCGCGAGGCGGCCGACUUCGGCACCAACUACCAGCUGCCGUCGCUGGACUACGCCGUCAACUCCUACGACCAGCCCGACGUCACCAUGUUCGACUUCACCUCCAUGUACGCCUCGGAGAACGCCGCGCUGCUGCGGGAGAGGCACGGCCGGCAGGUGCUGGUGGCGCUGGUGGGGGACAGCUUGCUGGAGCCCUUCUGGCCCAUGGGCACCGGCUGUGCCCGGGGCUUCCUGGCUGCCUUCGAUACAGCCUGGAUGGUCAGGGGCUGGACCCAGGGCCGGAGCCCUCUGGAUGUACUGGCUGAGAGGGAGAGUUUGUAUCGGCUGCUGCCUCAGACCACCACUGAAAACAUCAACAAACACUUUGAGCAGUACUCCAUUGAGCCUAGCACCCGCUACCCCAACCUCAACUCCAGUGUCAUACGCCCACACCAGGUGCGUCAUCUGUUGAUGAACGGCCAGGAGCACUCCUAUCCGGUAGAGAGGAGAGGACCUUCUCGUAGAUCUACCAACUUUUCCAGUACAGAGGCGGUGGUGCAUCAGAGUGAGCUGCUGACCUGGUGCCAGAAGCAGACGCAGGACUACAGGGGAGUGGAGGUCACCGACCUGGGCUCCUCCUGGAGGGACGGCCUGGCCCUCUGCUCACUCAUACACCACCAGAGACCUGACCUCAUAGACUUCGAGUCCCUGGCCGCAGAGGACUCUGCGUCUAACAACCAGCUGGCCUUUGACCUGGCGGAGCGGGAGUUUGGCAUCCAGCCCGUGACCACGGGGAAGGAGCUGGCCCUGGAGCAGCAGCCGGACCAGCUCCUCCUGGUGCUCUAUCUCUCCAAGUUCUAUGAAGCCUUCAGGAGACUGCCUGGGGGCCACAGUGACUCAAAUGAACCAGAUGAGAAUAAUGAGAAGUCUUCAGGCAAAACAAACCACACCCUCCUGAACCAACCUCACCAUAGAAAGAGAAUCCCUAAGAAUGACAAAAAGCUGGAAGACAAUGAUUCUACCAACAAGAAAAGACGGAAAGGAACUCAUUACCUUGCUGAGUUGUCCUGUCAAAGUGCUCCCCUUGCUGGUACCGACGGAGAACUGCAGGAAAACAAGGACCGCUCAAUGGCAAGCCUCCUGGCCAAGUUUGAGGAGAACUCCUCGUCCACAAGGCUCCACAACAAGUCUGACGGUGAGGCUUCAGAUCCCUUCCUUUCCCCUCCACCGUCUCCUAUCUCCAGCCCUUCUUUACCCCCUGAGCUGGAGGAGGGGGACAACCCUCGCUUUGCAAAGCCAAAGCUGCUUACCCCUUCUCCUCCUCCUCCCCCACGCCCCAAGUGGCAGCCCUCCAUUUACCUUCGCUUGCUGGAGGAUCCCAAUGCCGUGGCCCGGCCAACCAGCCCUGUGUAUUCCCCUGAGACCCCUCCUACUCAGAACGGUUUCGACCAAUCUCCUUUUCUCUCGUGGUCUCAGAGCCCCACAAGCCCAUCUAGAUCGCCGAGCCCAAAGGCGUAUGGCGUUAAACACUACUCCGAGCGUAGGCCUGCUGCCCCCUCCACCAGCCACUUCGCUAACACCGUUCCUUCUAGACCAGGAGAUGAUCAUCAGGCUGAAGAGCACGACGAAACACAUAGCCAGGGCAAGGUGUCCACCCGGGAGUUCACCAGGAGGAGCAUUAAGGAGAGGGCUGGCAUCCUCUGCUCCAUGUUCCCUGGCUCCAGCACACAGCCCGCCUCUUCUUCAUCUCCCCCUUCUCCUCCUCCGCGUCCUUCUCCGGAGACAGAACUACGUACAUCCUCCUCCUCCUCCUCCUCAUCUUCCUCUACAAACGCAUCUAAGAGCCUUCCACUCCAGCGUGCAAUCCACAGCCCCAUACCUCACCCCUCCAUCUCGGGCGUCUCCUCCACCCCUCUUCUCCCCUCCCACAUCUCUCACCCUCCACGGGGGCCAGAAGAGAAGCCUGACACAUCUCUCCCUGCACGGCCCAAUGAAUCUAAACACAAACACAACCCUGAGAAGGGUCACUCUUCUGAUAAGCACCGUGACAAUGGACACCGGGGUACCCCUUCUCCCCCAGCGGGUUCUGGGGUUCAACGAGUGUGUCAGACGGUAGCCGCUCUGUCUCACACCAAUGACGUGUGCGCGGCCGCUCAGACAAUGCCUGCCGCCACCACUGACGGCUUUAAAGUCAAUGUGGAGCGCGGGGAGGAGAGUUUCAGUGGAGGAUCUCUAGGGAUGCUUAACGGAUGCAAAUUGACCGAAAGUGUCCAAGAGAAGUCCGCGGGGAGUGGGGCCCUUUUCAACUCGAGAAGAAUCACUCGAAAGCCUGUAGCGCGCUCGGACCGCUGUCCCGCAGGCCCGCAGAAGUACAGUAAAGAGCGUACCGUUGGCAAGGUGUCUUCUGCCAUUGACGCCAAGGCUCAAAAACUGGCGAUCCUCUAUGAGACAAUCAACAGGCCCAAUGCCACGCCGGGCUCAGUGAGGAAGGCCACAGCCCCGGGCCUGGGCGGCAGCGACACCUGCCACUUCUGCCUGAAGCGCGUGUACAUCAUGGAGCGGCUGAGCGCAGAGGGCCACUUCUUCCACAGGGAGUGCUUCCGCUGCGCCGCGUGCGGCUGCACCCUGCGCCUCGGCACACACUCCUUCGACUCGCAGCAGGGGAAUUUCUACUGUAAAAACCACGUGAAGCAGCGAUUAGGCACUAAACCGGACGCAUUUAAGAAGAAAAUGAGUGACCACAACGGCGUUGGGACAUCUGGCUCAUCAUCGUUGUCGUCAUCUAGGGCCACCAAUGGGCUCCCGGCGGCGGGCCCCCACGCCCCGACAUCAGGUGGGCAUGCAGGGUUAUUUGUGGUUUCAGGGCAGGGUGCCCAGAAAGGCCUUCCAGGAACUUGCCCGGUAGCAGGCAUGGUGGAGGAGGUGCUGGAAGCUACGGAGGCCUCAGCUGAUACAGGUGGUCACAAAGACUCCGACCCCCCCUGCCCAGACAAAAGCAGCCGAUGGAAGAGGAAGAUCCGAGCAGCCUUCCCACUGCUCUUUGUUAAGAGGAGCUCCUCCGAGGCCAAGGCUGGGCCAGCAGAGUCUGCCGUGCGGAGGCAGUCUAUCCGCGAGGAGGACAGCAAAGACGGCCAACUCUUGGGGGGAAAGCAAAGUGCUCCGAGUGGGAACAGUGGUGGGGUUGGUGGUGGUGAUGUCAGCAAGGCACUGGCAGAGAAGAGGCCGGUGAGCAGUGACAGACGUGAAGAAGAGACAGCACCAGUCCCGUCCUCCGGCCCCAAGAAGCGUCUGAUGAUGACGGCGUUCGAGAAACAGAAACUACUAGACUGGGACCUGCCGCUCACGUCCGACACGCCCACGCCACGCCUUGAAGACCAGGUACCACCUAUGAGCAGGUCAAAGCCUGACCAGUCUCAGACAGAUGUAGGCCGGGUAGAGGAUCCCAUCUCAGACCAAACCCCCGCCUCGCCCCUCUCCACCUUCCAGCUCUUCACCAACUCCCUCAGGAAGUCCUUCAGUGGGAACAGGACAUCCAGCAGCUUCAAUGCUGCCGCCUCCGUCAUCAUCCCCACCAGCAGCAAACCCGAGGGCCCCCAUAAGCCAAAGGUCCCCUCCAACAGCCUCUUUGGCCUUGGUUCUGGCCAGCCCCAGCCCGAGUCUGGGAAGGAUCUCCCGGCCGUGAUGCGGGGGCUUUCCCUGGCAGGCCAGCAGGGCUCUGCUGAGGGGGCGUUCUCAGACGACAUGGCCACGCUGCCGCCCCGCAGGAAGCUCAACUUCUUCUCCUCGCUGCGCCUCCGGAAGAGGGAUGCAUCCCAGAGCGAGAGCGUGGAGGUGGACGGGCAGGACAAGGUCAGGGCCAUCCUCGCCAACCUCCGUAACAAAGCUUCCAGCGAACAGCACCUGGAAGAGUCCCUCUCCAGCGACGAUGAGGAGCCCUGCCAAUCAGCCAAUCAGAAGGUGAGUUUGGAGAGACAGAGGAAGCAGCAGGAGAAGACUGUGGCCCAGCAUGCCAAAAGAGAGCAGCUGAAGAGACUUCACAGAGCUCAGGCGAUCCAGAGACACCUGGAGGAGGUGGGAGAGAGACAGAGAGUGGUGGAGGAGAGAGGAGUGACCCUAGAGAAGAGCCUUAGGGGAGAGACUGGGGAGACCCACCGGGCAGAUGAAGAGACGGAGAACCAGCUCCACCAGUCCUGGUUCAACUUGGUGUUGGAGAAGAACCGACUGGCCCGCUACGAGUCUGAGCUCAUGAUCUUUGCUCAAGAGCUGGAGCUGCAGGACACACAGUGUCGCCUACAGCAGGAUCUACGACGCAAGAUGGCCAUAGAAGACACGACGAAGAGCGCGUCGGAGCUGCAGGGGGAGCAGGAGCUCCUGUCUGAGCUCAUGAGGACGGUGGAGCGCCGGGACACCCUGGUCUCCCUCCUGGAGGAGCAGCGGCUCAGUGAGAGGGACGAGGACCGGGACCUGGAGAGCCUGUCCAGGGGCUACGAGCUCCACUGGAGCCCCGGCCAGAGCCUGGGCUGGUGGGACAACCUGGAGGGAUCUGGGGUCGAGCCAGGCAGCCAGGGAGACACGCUGGGCUAGCCCAGGGGCCGGGGGUCGGCCAUCGCUUCUAUUUCGUUAUCAAAUAGAGUAUUUCAUGGUAUGGAUUGUAUCAAUGUUGUCAUUUUACUCCUGCUGUGCCCUGCUACACCGUACCAUGAUGCAUGUCAUACUCCCACACACUGUGUUUUCGAUCCGAGGUCUCUCCAUAGAGAGGGAAGCAACACGACCUACUGCCGUGUAGAAGGGCAACUUUUCUAUAUGGGUCUUUAUGAAGAUACCUGCACUUUGAACAGCGUGCUCUCCGGUGCUGAGCACAGAGAACAAAGAAUGUAUGGAAGAAUAUAAGAUGGCGGGUUGCCUCGAGCGGUAUGAAUAGACACUUAUUUACCCAGGAUCUUACUUGAGAAGGGCUUCAAUAGUCAAAAAAGGUUAACAUGUAGUUCGGUAUGUAUGUGAUUUUAUCGUAAAAUAACUGUUUUAUGUUAAAGAAUUAUUUAAUAAAGUUUGAAAUUAAAA